AUGGCUAUUCGCAAUAAAAUAGAAUCUCUACACAGAAAGGGUCGGAAGUUUCAAAAUCGUCAACGUUACGAGGGAGCGAUUUAUUAUUACAGAAGAGUUAUUACUCAAAUAAAGUCGAUACCCAAAGGCAAAAAUAAUGCUCAUCAACUUGAAUAUAAUGUUCACCUCGAUUUGGCUGAUUGUUAUAGAGAAAAAUAUCAAUGGAUAAAAGCCUAUGCAUGGGUUAGUAAAGCAGAGAAAUUAGCUAAACAACUACAAGACGAAGUGAAGAUUGCAAUGUGCUUGGAUAGGCGGGGUGAGAUUAAACGACUUGAAGGUAACUGGAGUAGCGCCUUGGCAGAUUUUAAAGAUUCUCUUGAUUUGAAAUUGAAAUCGUUAGGAAGUGAAAAUAUCGAUGUUAGUGACUCCUAUAAUAACAUUGGCGCUGUAUACACUAAUCAAGGCAAGUAUGGUAAGGCUUUGACCAUGUAUAAUAAAUCAGUGGAGAUUAACUCGAAAAUUAAAGGCGAAAAUGAUAUACGUAUUGCUACAUUAUAUAACAACAUUGGUAGUGUCUACGAUAAUCAAGGCAAGUACAAGGACGCUCUAUCGAUGUAUAUAAAAUCGCACAAGAUUAGAGUAGUAAGACUUGUUAAGAAUCAUCCGAGUGUUGUCGACUCCUAUAACAACAUUGCGCUUGUCCAUGAUCAUCGAGGCAAGUACGUUGACGCUCUACGAAUGUUAAACAAAUCGCUCAAGAUUAGACUACGAACACUCGGCGAUAAUCAUCUGAGUGUUGCCGAGUCAUAUAACAACAUUGCACUUGUCUAUAGGAAUCAAGGCAAGUAUAAUGACGCUCUACCAAUGUUUAACAAAUCCCUCGAGAUUAGACUAGCAACGCUAGGUGAAAAUCAUCCGCGUCUUGCUUCAUCAUAUAACAACAUCGGUGGUGUUUAUGAUAGUCAAGGCAAGUAUGACGACGCUCUAUCGAUGUAUAACAAAUCACUCAGCAUUAGACUAGCAACACUUGGCUGUAAUCAUCCGAGUGUUACUGAAUCAUAUAAUAAUAUUGCAACUAUCUACUGGAAUCAAGGUAAGUAUAAUGAUGCUCUAACAAAGUAUAACAAAUCACUUGACAUUAAACUAAAAACACUUGGUGACAAUCAUCCGAGUGUUGCCGACUCGUAUAACAACAUUGGUGGUGUCUAUUGCAAUCAAGGCAAGCAUGAUGACGCUCUACCAAUGUUUAACAAAUCGCUCAAGAUUAGACUGAAAAUACUUGGUGAUAAUCAUCCGAGCGUUGCCGACUCAUAUAACAAUAUUGCAAGUGUCUAUCAUCGUCAAGGCGCGUAUGAUGAGGCUCUAUCAAUGUAUAACAAAUCACUCAAGAUUAGACUAGAAACUCAUGGCGACAAUCAUCCGAGCCUUGCGGAGUCAUAUAACAACAUUGCAAGUGUCUAUCAUCAUCAAGGCAAGUAUGAUAGCGCUCUAUCAACGUAUCAUACAUCACUAAAGAUUGCGCUAGAAAAACUUGGCGACAAUCAUCCUCAUGUUGCUAACUCAUAUAACAACAUUGCAACUGUCUAUGAUCAUCAAGGCAAGUAUAAUGACGCUCUAUCAAGGUAUAACAAAUCGCUCAAGAUUACACUAGAAACUUUUGGUGACAAUCAUCCUCAUGUUGCUACGUCAUAUAACAACAUUGGUAGUGUCUAUAAGAAUCAAGGCAAAUAUUAUAGCGCUCUAUCAAUGUAUAACAAAUCACUCAAGAUUAGACUAGCAACACUCGGCGACAAUCAUCCAAGUGUAGCCAAUUCAUAUAACAACAUUGCGCUUGUUUAUAAGAAUCAAGGCAAGUAUGAUGACGCUUUAUUAAUGCUUAAUAAAUCGCUCAAGAUUAGACUAGAAACUCUUGGUGACAAUCAUUCGAGUGUUGCUAUGUCAUAUAGCAACAUUGCAAGUGUCUAUGAUAAUCAAGGCAAGUAUAAUGACGCUCUACCAAUGUAUCGCAAAUCACUCAAGAUUAGACUAGAAACUCUUGGUGACAAUCAUUCAAGUGUUGCCGAUUCAUAUAACAACAUUGGUGGUAUUUAUAAGAAUCAAUGCAAGUAUGAUGAUGCUCUAUCAAUGUAUAACAAAUCACUCAAGAUUAGACUAGAAACACUUGGUGACAAUCAUCCGAGCGUUGCUAACUCAUAUAAUAACAUUGGACUUGUCUAUGCUCAUCAAGGCAAGUAUGACGACGCUUUAUCAAUGUAUAACAAAACACUCGAGAUUCAAGUAAAAGCUCUUGGCGACAAUCAUCCUCAUGUUGCCAACUCAUAUAACAAUAUUGGGAUUGUCUUUGAUCAUCUGGGCAAGUAUGAUGAUGCUUUAUCCAUGCAUAGCAAAUCACUCCAGAUUAGACGAGCAACACUUGGAGACAAUCAUCCUGAUGUUGCCAACUCUAAUAACAACAUUGCGCUUGUUCAUAAUAAGAAACAAAGCAGGUAUAAUCUCGCUAUACCGAUAUAUAACAACAACUCACUCAACAUUAGACUAGCAAUAUGUGGUGACAAUCAUCCUGUUGUUUUCUAG